AUAUUUUCCUUGGUCAAAUCAAAAUUCUCAUUAUCAAAUAAAGUAUGAACAACCCCAUGUGGCGUUCUCCUACUAACAAAAUGACAAAACCGUCAAUGCUGACUUCCAACAUCAAGUUGUCCAUAAACCCCAACAGCCGGGUGGACUCCUUCCUUCAUCUCUCUCUCUACCUAACCAUUAGCAUCUGGUGGGUAUGGCGUCUAUGAAGAAAUUUAUAGCUUUGUUCUUGGUGGCGGCGGUGUUGCAAUGGGGAGGCAGCCAUGCCCAACAACCAUAUGUCAACCAGCAGCAGCUGGCCUGCAAUAACAACAACAACAUCACUAAAGGUUAUUCUUGCAACAGCUUCCAGAAAUCUUGCCUCUCCUAUGUCACCUUCCGCUCCACCCCUCCCUAUGACUCCGCCGAUACCAUAGCUCACCUCUUAGGGGUCGAUCCUAACCUUAUCGCCUCCCUCAACAGGUUCCCCUCCAAAACCACUGCUGUCCCUUCCAACAAGCUGGUGUUUGUCCCCGUUAAUUGCUCCUGCUUUGGCAACUUCUACCAGCACAACUCCUCCUACCUCAUUAAUAAAGGGGAUAGUUAUUUCACCGUCUCCAACAACACUUACCAGGGUCUCACCUCUUGUCAAGCUAUGGAGGCUCAGAACCCCUUUGACCCGCUGAAACUCAUGGUAGGCGCUCACCUGCUUAUUCCACUCCGAUGUGCCUGUCCGACUUAUUACCAGAAUGCCUCCGGUAUAAAUUACUUGCUCACCUAUAUAGUCACCCAGGGGGAUACCGUUUCUGCAAUUGCUAAGAAAUUUGGCGCUGAUGCGAAAAGGGUGAUGGCUGACAACGACCUCUCAAUUGAUACUCUAUAUCCAUCCACGCCAAUCCUGGUUGCUUUAAGUAAUCUUACCAUCCAGGCUCCUGAAACAAAUCCCUCUCCUCCGAAUGAAAGAAAGAAGAGGACAGAAUUAAUAUUUGGGUCAAUUAUUGUGGCAUGUGUUCUGUUUUCCGCCUUAGGUUUCAUUCUGUUCUUUCUUUGGAGAAAGGGGAAAGGAAGUGCAUUAGGUGAGGUUGCCUUCAAUGCCUCCUUUGACGAUGAAUUUGGGAAUGGCAUGGGAGCUAGAGAGUUCUCCUAUAAUGAAUUGUCUAAAGCAACAAAAAAUUUUGUUGAAGAAAAGAAAUUAGGAGAGGGAGGGUUUGGAUCAGUUUAUAGAGGUUUCUUGCGGAGUUCAAAUAUUGAUGUUGCAGUUAAGAGGAUUUCAAGGAGAUCUAAACAAGGGAUCAAGGAGUAUACAUCGGAAGUGAAGAUUAUUAGCCAAUUGAGGCACAAGAAUUUAGUCAAGCUUAUUGGUUGGUGCCAUGAAAAAGAACUUCUACUCGUAUACGAGUUCAUGCCUAAUGGCAGCUUGGAUUCUCAUCUCUUUAAAGGAAGAAGUCUAUUGCCAUGGAAUCUUAGAUUCCAAAUCGUGCAGGGCUUAGCAUCAGCAUUGUUGUAUCUACACGAGUUUGGUGAUUUUUGUGUGCUACAUAGAGAUAUUAAAGCAAGCAACAUUACGUUGGAUUUGGCUUUUAAUGCCAAACUUGGCGAUUUUGGGUUAGCUAGAUUAGUUGACCAUGCAAAAGGGUCACGAACAACUCUAUUGGCUGGGACCAUAGGUUACAUGGCUCCUGAAUGUCAUAGAACAGGCAAAGCAAGCAAGGAAUCAGAUGUUUACAGUUUUGGAGUUGUGGCACUUGAAGUUGCUUGUGGAAGGAGAUCAAUAGAGUCUAGAUAUGAUGGGGAUCAAGCUUCACUGGUGGCUUGGGUGUGGGAAGCUUACGGGAACGAAAGGCUUCUUGAUGUGGUUGACAAGAAACUCUCUAAAGAUUUUGAUUUGCUAGAGAUGGAAUGUUUGUUAAUUGUUGGCUUAUGGUGCGUGCAUCCCAUUGAUAGUAUGAGACCAUCAAUCAAGCAAGCAACGCAGGUACUUAAUUUUGAGGCAAAAUUGCCAAAUCUUCCUAAUAAGAUGCCUAUGCCCAAGUAUGAUAUUCCAAAUAUUUCAAUCAUCAAAACAAGUGAGCCAUGUUCACCCAACAUGAGUAUUACUGUACCUCGCUAAAUUUCUUAACAUGCCUGCAAAAAAUUGAUUUGAUAAUAAACAAGUCUAAUUAUU